AGACGGAUGAAGUAUUAACAUUAAUAUAGCUUACAAAAAAAGGAAGAGAGAGCGAGAAGGGGGAAAAGGGUUAAGCAAAAAAGCAAUGGGUACGGAAGUGAUGACGAAUUGGCGCAAUCGCAGGUUGCGCUCGAAGCCUCACCGUUACAGAGAUGAGUUGAGCGAAGAUGACUGCAUGCCUGCGUUUGACAUGUCAGCUGAUGAAUCUAAAUACUUGCGCGAUCACAAGGAAUUUUGUGACUUAUUGUCCAAAUCUGGAGAUGAAGAUAGUGAGGAGGGAGCAGAAGCCAGUAAGAAGCGGUAUGCAACCAUUGCACUAAGCUCCUGUGAUGACGUGAACUACGAGCUUGUGGAGACUGGCCCCUUAGCAGUGGCAUACACUCCAACGGGUCGUAUUUUGCAUUUUAACUUCAAAGCUAAGGAUAUAGAUGAACCUAGUGCUGCAGUAGAGACUCUUUUUGGUGAGCUCAUCGAAACCAAUACCAAUGAUUUUACUGUCGAGAAUGUCAUCUGCUUGGGCUCAAGCGACUCACUACCAGCUAAACCUGAGACUCAUGGUUGCCUCUAUUGUGGUUCUCGUGCUAUUCAUCAUCCUGAAAGCCCCAUGUGCUUCCGAAGAGGUGGGGAAUAUCAUUGGGAAUUCUUGUGUUCCGUAGUCCCAAAGAUCCGUGAUUAUAUCAAGGAGGGAAAAAAAAACAAAGACGGAAAAAAGUUCAUUCCUAGGUUCUUGCAUCCUGGAAUUCAGUUAGUUGAUAAGCUUGAUGCUUGCUCUACAGACAAAACGUAUGCAACUGUAGCCUUACGCGUGUUUAAUGCAAAAGAGGGUACAAACUUUGAGCUUGUGGCGACUGGCUGUGUCCGACAAGCAUUUACGUCGAUAUGUUUUGUCUUGCAUAUGAACUUCAAGGCGAAGGACAGAAAUGAUCCUAAUGCUCCAGUCCUGACUUUUUUUGCCGAAGUGAUCAUAAGUUUCCCUAUUUGGUUUGCUGACUUUUGCAAAUGCUUGGGGCCAUCUGAUUCCUUGCCAGAUGAAGCUGAUAUUCGCGGUUGUUGUUAUUGUCAAUCCUCUGUUCAUCAUCCUCCUGGUCCGGGGUACCUUACUGGGCGGUCGUCGUAUCGAAAUUAUAAUUAAAAUCUGAUGCAGUUAUGAUAGUCUAAAUUAUGAUCUUGCACUUGUAGUAGAAAGGCCUGUGUGCCCCUUCUAACUGUGAUAAAACUUACGUGCAGCCUAUGUAUCGUUUAGUGUAGCCUCCCGUCCUUCCUUGCAGUUCAAGAGCUCAUUGACCACAUAUCUAUUGACCACAUAUCUUCCUUUUGGAAAA